ACAGACACGAGUCUUGCUGUCAUUAGCAUACAUUCAAACUCACUACGUAAAAAACAAAGCUUUUUACCGCAAGACAACCCGUCUAUGUGCAGCUAUUUUAUCGAUAUCAAUGUGCAACUUCUAAUUUUUAAGAUAGAGUAAUGCGGGUUUCUGCAUACUGGACUGGGAAAGGCAGCAUAGUUCUUGUUGUAUAUUCCCUUGUCUUUCUUAUAGUGGCGUGGAAUCACUAUCACGUUCAUGCGAAAAUUCUGCAACAAGCCAAGAACUGUGGAAGCCGCCAUUUUAAAUGUGUGAGUGAUGGAAAGUGUAUCCCUAAGUCUUGGCGCUGUGAUGGGGAGAUGGAUUGUCCUGAUAGCAGUGACGAGGAAGGCUGUGUAAACAGGACAUGUUCAUCCAAAGAAUUUAACUGUAACAAUCAAUGUGUGCCUCUGAGCUGGAAAUGUGAUGGCGAAAAAGACUGCAGACCUGGAGGGUUUGACGAGGAAGGAUGUGAGCCUGUGACCUGCGCAAGCACCUAUUUCCUGUGCGCUAACAGCUCACAUUGCAUUCCAAGGCGGUGGCUUUGUGAUGGCUUGGCAGAGUGUGAGGAUGGAAGUGAUGAAAAAAAUUGCCAAAGCUUCACAUGCGCCCCUGAUAAGUUUGCCUGUGCCAGUGGUGGGUGCAUAGCCAGUAGAUGGGUCUGCGACGGUGAUAAUGACUGUGGAGAUAACUCUGACGAACUCAACUGCACUCGCUUAACAUGUCCACCUACCAAGUUCCUGUGUGCCAAUGGCAUGUGUAUAACGAAGAGUGCAGUUUGUGAUGGCGAGAAUGAUUGUGGGGACAUGUCAGAUGAACCAAGUAACUGCAGUGCGCAUAUCUGCGACCCCAAACUUGAGUUCCAGUGUGCAAAUGGAAGGUGUAUCAAUAAGAAGUGGAGAUGUGAUGGGAUGAAAGACUGUGCUGAUGGAAGUGAUGAGUCCACAUGUGGUGAAGGAACCUGUCGUCCAGAUGAGUGGCACUGUAUUGGAACCAGCCGCUGUAUCCCUCUUAGCCGUGUAUGUGAUGGAACAAAUGACUGCGGCGAUAACUAUGAUGAAGGAUCUCACUGCUUGGAUUUGGACUGCAAAAAGAAGAACUGUUCACAGCGGUGUGUUCAGACCCCAAGGGGAGGCGAGUGUCGCUGCUUUCCUGGUUACACUAUUUCUAAAGACUUGAUCACAUGUAAAGAUAUAAAUGAGUGCAGUAGUAUCGGCCGAUGUGAUCACUUCUGCUACAACACGCCUGGCUCAUACAAAUGCGCUUGUGAUGAGGGUUAUGCCCUUGAGAGACCUCACACGUGUAAACCUGUAGGGCCCUACAAACCGUGGCUGAUUUUCUCCAACUGCAAAGACAUCCGCCAGGUUUCCCUUGAUGGCACGCAGUACGAUUUACUUAUCCGAAACCUGACGCGUGCUAUCUCGGUGGACUUUGAUUGGCUCGAGAAGAAGGUGUAUUGGACAGAUGUCAGGGAAAAUGCCAUUUACCGUCAGAAUUACACAUGGGCAAGCUCCAGCUUUGCAACGCCCGAGACUGUCAUCCGCACUGGACUGGCCAUGCCUGUUGGUCUCGCCGUGGACUGGGUCGGAAGGAACUUGUACUUCGUGGAGUCGUCUGUUCGGCGGAUUUAUGUUAGCAAGCUGGACGGCAGUAUGCGUACGUCUCUCAUCACCACGGACCUGAGCAAGCCUCGCGGGAUAGCUGUUGAUCCACGUGUUGGGUAUCUGUUCUGGACAGACUGGGAGGCCCACCGUAUCGAGCGUGCAAAUAUGGACGGCAGUAGCAGAGUCAUCUUGGCCAAGACCAAUGUGUACUGGGCGAACACGCUCACGCUGGACUACACUCUCCAAACUGUGUACUGGGUGGAGGCGCAUCUCGACUACAUCGGCGCAAUGUCAUACGACGGCCUCAAACGGCGAGAGUUGCGCGGCAAGAGUAUAAUCCACCCUUUUGGCAUCGCUAUCUACCGAAACGAGCUGUUCUUUUCCGAUUGGGUCAGACACGCUAUCAUCAGUAUAAAUAAAUUUACCGGUAACGGGACCACUAAGCUGGUGUCUAACCUUGAAGUGCCCAUGGGAUUGCAGAUACUUCACCCCUCCCGGCAACCAGCCAUGCCCAAUCCCUGUUCUCCCUCUAACUGUGGUUGUCAGCAGUUAUGCCUGGUCACUGUGGAAUCAGGGUGUACUUGUCGCUGCCAAACAGGCUACCAACUCGCCCCUGAUCAGAAGUCAUGUGUGGAGAUAAACACUUUUCUUCUUUACGCCAGACGCACCGAAAUCUCAGCUGUCCACUUAAAUAAGAGUGACACGUCUGAUCCUAUUCCUCCUAUACUCGAGUUAGGAAACGCUGUGGGACUGGACUUUGAUGCCAGAGAGAGGAAGAUCUACUUUACUGACGUUAUUCGUGAUACCAUUAGUCGAGUUGGUAUGGAUGGGAAAGGCCAGGAAGUGGUGGUGAGAAAUUUAAGGAAUGCGGAUGGUAUCGCAGUGGACUGGCUGGCUAGGAAUCUUUACUGGACAGACGUAGAUCUGCAUGAGAUAUCAGUGGCUGCGCUGAAUGGCUCUUUCAGGAAGGUGUUGUUUUCUAAUAACGUGAAAAGUCCACGUGCGAUCGUGCUGCACCCGCACAGAGGGCUGAUGUUUUGGAGUGACUUGGGAUACCCCGCAAAGCUGGAAUCUUCCUACAUGGAUGGCACCAAUCGACAGGUCUUGGUGAAGGGCGGAGGAUUGACUUGGCCAAAUGGACUAGCUAUCGACACUGAAACUGAUCUACUCUACUGGACGGAUGCCAAGACUGAUACUAUAGAAUAUAUAUUCCUGAAUGGCACCGGUCGGCGCGUGCUUCUCUCUGGUCUCAAGCAUCCAUUUGGCCUUGAUGUGUUUGCUGGUUAUAUUUACUGGACCGAUUGGGUGACCCUUGACAUACGCCGAGCAUCUGUCGCUAGUCCGUCUGACGUGACAGCUCUCAGGUCCCAGCUAUUUGGUCUGAUGAUGAUUAAGGUCUUCAACUCGUCUCGUCAGCAGGGGUCCAGCGCAUGCUCUGACGGAACGAGUGGCUGUAGUCAUCUAUGCCUUCUAAACCCAACGGGCCACGUGUGUAUGUGUCCUUACGGCAUGGCUCUAGACCAGCGAGACAACAAGACGUGUGAAAAAAAUUUUACGGUGAUCCCGACCCCCCCUUGCUCCGCUGGGAAGUUCACUUGUAAGAACGGCCACUGUAUCUCCUUGCGAUGGAAGUGUGAUGGUGAAAAUGACUGCGUUGAUAACUCUGAUGAGGAUGAAUACGCCGGAUGCGCCGAGUGGUCUUGUCGCGCCAGUGAGUUCAGAUGCCAAGCAAGCCGUAAGUGCAUCCCCUUGUCCUGGCGAUGCGAUGGAGACUAUGACUGCCUCGCGCCAGAUCUUUCGGACGAAGCCAACUGUUCUGUCGCUACCAACUGCAGCGCCUCUAUGUUCCGGUGCGCCAACGGGCAGUGCAAGCCACGUGACUGGGUGUGUGACGGCUUUGAUGAUUGCGGGGAUGGCUCAGACGAGAAGGGAUGCGCAAACCACAGCUGCACCCCUGCACAAUUUAGCUGCCCCAGUGGUCGCUGCAUUCCACUAAGAUGGCGUUGUGACGGUGAUGGUGACUGCAGUGAUGGCGCCGAUGAGCGCGGAUGUCCACCAAAGAACUGUACGGAUAGCCAGUUUAGCUGUAGUAAUGGUCAGUGUAUCAGUCUGGCGUGGAGGUGUGAUGGCGACCAUGACUGCGCUGACAAGUCUGACGAGGCCCACUGUCCCACCAGACCGACAUUCGGAUGCCAUAGCACGGAGUUCCAGUGUGAGACUUCAUCUCGCUGUAUCCCUCUGAGGUUCGUCUGUGAUGCAGAUGAUGACUGUGGAGAUAGAUCUGAUGAGAGAAAUUGUACUGGGAAGACUUGCAAGCCUUUUGAAUUUGCUUGCGCUAAUGGUCGUCACUGCAUUCAGCGCAAGUGGAUAUGUGACGGCGAGAAUGAUUGUGGAGACGGCUCAGAUGAAGUUGACUGCGGUUUGGAGUCAUGUGGAAAUGACAGAUGGCGGUGCUCUAACACCUCGCGAUGCAUAGCCAAAAGCCAGGUUUGUGAUGGUCGAGUGGACUGCCCUGACGCGAGUGAUGAAGGACCCGGCUGUGGUCUUGAUCAGUGUCAUAGCAACAAUGGCGGUUGUGCUCAGCUCUGUAUGGACGUCCCGGAAGGUGUCCAGUGUAGCUGUCGCCCUGGCUUUACUCUUGCCUCUGACAAUAAGACCUGCGAAGAUAUCAACGAAUGUCUGAAUCCAUCAUCUUGCAGUCAACGAUGUUUUAACACACGUGGCUCAUUCAGUUGUAAGUGUGUGCAAGGCUACAGACUGGAGCCAGACAAAAGACGCUGUAAGGCAGCAGACUCAAUUCGCCCGUUUUUGUAUUUUUCUACUCGUCGUGAAAUCCGAAAGCUGGGUCUCCCUCCCUCUCAGUCCUACACCUUUGCUGUACGCCGACUGCGAAACACCAUCGGCAUUGACUUUGACUGGCGAGAGAAGCGCCUCUAUUGGUCUGACGUUUAUAAAAAGGUCAUCAGUAGGUCGUACUUUAAUGGCACAGGACGUGAGGACCUUAUCACGGAUGCGCUUAUUACUGCGGAAGGGGUGGCAGUAGACUGGAUUGGCCGCAAUCUGUAUUGGUCUGACAUGCGUUCGGAUAGAAUCGAAGUGUCAACCCUAGAAGGAAAAUGGCGUAGGGUGCUGCUUAGUGAAGAUGUGGAGUCCCCCAGGGGUUUGGUCUUGGACUCAAAUGCUGGGUAUUUAUUUUGGACUGACUGGGGCACGUCUCCCCGGGUCGAGCGUUCCUGGUUGGACGGCUCUAAUCGUUUUGUUAUCAGCUUUGGCAUUAAGAUCGUAUGGCCGAAUGGGCUCACACUCGACUUAGCUACCAAACGUGUAUACUGGAUUGACGCCAAACUCGACCACAUCGUGUCAUGCGAGUAUGAUGGCUCCAGCAAACGCAUUGUGCUGUCAGGAAGCCGACAAAUUAACCACCCAUUUGCGAUGACCUUAUUUGAGGAUUAUCUUUAUUGGACUGACUGGCAGAGUAAGCAUGUCCUUCGUGUCAGCAAGUUGCCUGGUGAAAACGUGACAUUACUGUCAGCCGGGGUGUCUAAACCCAUGGAUAUACAUGCCGUGCAUCCUCUUCGACAACCAAGAGGUGUUGAUCGAUGUGCCAACAAGUCAUGUUCGCAUCUGUGUCUUUUGAUUCCUGAUGGCGCGGUUUGUCGCUGCCCAACAGGAAUGAGGCUCACCUAUAACAAGCGCAGCUGCUCAGAUGACGUCAUCCUACUGGUGUAUGCCGCACGUAACGAGGUUCGGGGUAUAUCCCUGGAUCCUAACGAGACCACUGACCAGAUGGUCUCCCAGGCCGGGCUCAGCAACGCCGUGGGCGUGACCUGUGAUGCGCAGGACGGUUAUGUCUACUGGUCAGACAUCAGGCUCGACGCCGUUUACAGAGCAAAACUGAACGGCUCUAAAAAGACCUCUGUCGUUGAUAGUGAACUGUCCAAGCCCGAAGGGAUUGUGUUUGAUUGGAUAGCCAAGAACAUCUACUGGACUGAUGCGGGUACGCCACGUAUUGGCGUCGCACGACUUGACGGGUCGUACACUUUGUUCAUUGUUACACAAAACAUCAGCAAACCACGUGCCAUCGCUAUUCACCCCACAAAAGGGUUUCUGUUCUGGACCGACUGGGACCAAGCAAAUCCUCGUAUAGAGCGCUCCUUGAUGGACGGAUCAUCCCGGCGUGUGAUAGUUCAUCACAUGAGGAUGGGCUACCCUAAUGGGCUCACCAUUGACUUUGAGACCAACCGGUUAUACUGGUGUGAUGCGAGUAAGAAUACGAUCGAGACAGCCAAGCUAAAUGGAAAGAACAGGCGGGUGAUUUACCAAGGAAACGAAGUACCACACCCAUUUGGCAUCAGUUUAUAUGAGGAUUCACUCUUCUGGAGUGACUGGACUCGUAAACAGAUCGUGUAUGCACCCAAGACUGGCACUGGACCAAUCAGAGUACUCAGAGCCAACCUCUCUGUAGUCUAUGCUGUCGAUAUUUUUUCAAAGGGCAGGCAAAAAGGAAAUAACCUUUGUGGCUUGAAGAACGGGGGAUGUAGCCAACUGUGUCUGGUUACCGGCAAAAACACUCGCCGGUGUACAUGCAUUAUAGGGUAUAGGCUUAUAGGUGAUGGGCGCACUUGUGAGGGGAUCAACAGCUUUUUACUCUACACAACGGCUAAAGAGAUCCGCGCACUCUCCACGACUCCUGGUGACACCACAGCUGUCCAUCCGCCGAUUACUGGUCUGAAUGGUGCCAGCUUCCUAGACUUUGACUCGGCUGGCAGAUGGAUCUACUACAGUGAUGAGCGAGCGCGUGUUAUACGGCGAGUCCAUGUUGACGGCACUGGUGUCCAGGAUAUCAUCGCCACUGGCCUUCGCCGUCCUCAAGGCAUAGCGGUGGACUGGGUCGGCAGGAAUCUGUUCUGGUGUGACGCCAUUACUGAUCUUAUAGAGGUCAGCAGGCUGAACGGAUCCCACCGCAAGGUGCUCAUCUCAACGGGUGUCUCAGAUCCAAAGUCCCUCGCUGUGUACCCGUCGAUGGGGCUCCUUUUCUGGAGUGACUGGGGUACCCCUGCACGUAUUGAAAGGGCGUCGAUGGAUGGUUCUCGCCGCAGCACAUUGAUUUCUGGUCCCACUGUCCGUAAACCCACAGGGCUCACGCUAGACUACCUACAUGGGUCCUUGUACUGGGUGGACUCUAAAAAGAACUCUAUCUGGCGAAUCAAUGUGCUUGAACAAGGUACGCCUGAGCGUAUUGUUACAAGUCCUUCUCCUCAGAAGCCCGUUGGCCUCGCUCUACUUGACCCGUACUUGUACUGGGUCGACCAGAAAUAUGACGACCUUGCACGCAUUUUUAAAAAUGGCUCUGACGUUACACGCUUCAACGAGACGACCCGAAACCCUAGGGACAUUCUUGUAUUCGACCCGCAACGCCAACCACCCAGGGGACCGUGCGAGAACAAUGGAAACUGUGCAGAACUCUGUCUUGCAAUUUCAGGCACCAAGAAAAGGUGUGCAUGUCCGUCUGGCCGUGUGGCUGUGGAUGGUCGUUCGUGUCUGCAAAGCGAGAGCUUCCUCAUCAUCGCAGAACAUGGGUUCAUCAUACCCUCGGCGUUGUACCCCGGCAGCCCCGUCCCAGGGCACCCCAUCAUUUUCGGGCUGUCAGGAAACAGCUUCUUGGAUUUUGACUAUGACAGCCAUAAGCUGUUCUACACGGACCGUAAUCCUAGUGUUAUCAAGUCUCGAUCCGUCGACGGCUCCAACACCACUAUUGUCACUACAGCUGUAAUAGAUCCACGUGCUCUCACAGUGGACUGGAUCGAGAAGUACUUGUACUGGAUCGAGGGCAACAGUCAGACUAUUAUUCGAUCCACUUUUAAUGGGUCAGCGGUACAGACCGUCCUGCGCAGUGGCAUGGAUGAUCCUCGCUCUCUCGCUCUGUUACCCUGUGAAAAGCUAGUAUAUUGGGCACAGUGGGGGAAAAGGCCAAGCAUCAAGUCUGUCUGGACGAGCGGUAAAGUCAUCAAGACGGUAUUGAACAGAAAUUUACAAUGGCCUACCGGACUGACCAUCGACCAGGCAGAGGGAAGAAUCUUUUGGGUUGAUGCCAAGAAAGAUAUCAUUGAGUCGUCCCUGCUAGAUGGUACUGAUCGGAAGAUCAUUGUAUCAGCUCCUGGGAUAACCCUCCGCUCCAUAGCAGUGUUCGGGGAGUUCUUGUACUGGACUGACCCAUCGACUAGCAACAUCAAGCGGGUGAGCAAGUUUAAUGGUGGAGACACCGUGCAGUGGAAAUUUGCCACGACUGGGUCAUCAUCUAUGCGUGCCUUCGCCAGAGAAGCGCAGGACUGUACCGUCAACCCUUGCGUGCUCAAUGGCGGCUGCACGCAUACAUGCACUGUGCUGGACGGGAAGCCUGUGUGUUCUUGUCCACAGGGUUACCGCCUGGAGAACCCGUAUCGCUGUGUUCUUUCUAACGCUUCGUGCGCAUCUAGCGAAUUCGCCUGCGAGAGCGGACAGUGCGUUCGCAAGUCGUUUGUAUGCGAUGGCGACAAUGAUUGUCACGAUGGGUCGGAUGAGAGCUCACUUGUCUGUGCCUCCUGGACGUGUGAGCCCGGUCACUUUUCCUGUAACAAUGGCCGCUGUAUCAAUGCUAAGUGGGUUUGUGAUCGCGAGAACGACUGUGGCGAUAAUAGCGAUGAGGCGCGCUGCCCGGAAGUGACGUGUCCCGCUCACGAGUUUACUUGUCCUAACGGUCGCUGUGUUAGUUAUGAUUUCCUAUGCGAUGGCGAGGAUGACUGCGGUGAUUUCAGUGAUGAGCUACGCUGCCCUCCCACGACAUGUGUCCCAGGACAGGUCAAGUGUGGAAGUAAGAACCUUUGCAUCCCUUCCUCCUGGCUUUGUGACGGUAGUGAUGAUUGCGGUGAUGGCUGGGACGAGAGACAAGACUGUCGCGAGCGCCCAUGCAAUGUCUCCGAGUUCCGCUGCACAAGUGGCGAGUGUGUCCCCGCGUCUUGGCGCUGUGAUGGUGACAAUGACUGUACAGACAAGAGUGAUGAGCCAACGGACUGUCAAAGGUCGAAUGCCACUUGCACAGGCGCACAGUUUGCUUGUGAUAACGGCCGCUGCAUCUCCACACGUCUCCUUUGUGAUGGCGAUAACGACUGUGGUGAUAACUCUGAUGAGACGACCUUGCAGUUUCCCUGUGUUCGCCAUCGGAACUGCACACAGAGCGAGUACUCGUGCCGUUCCACCUCACGUUGUGUACCGCUGGCCUUUGUGUGCGAUGGCGAAAAUGACUGCGGAGACGGGUCUGAUGAGAGCAAGGAACAGAACUGUGAGAGGGCCACGUGUGACGUCACUCAAUUCAGGUGUAAAACCGGCACAUGCAUUACACGGGAGUGGCGCUGUGAUCACCAGGAUGAUUGUGGCGACGGCUCAGAUGAGCAGCAGUGCGUAAACUACACGUGUCCCAAUCACACCUUCAAGUGCGCCAGCGGCCAUUGUAUUGCCAACAGCAGCGUGUGCGACGGCGACACAGACUGUGCUGAUGGCUCAGACGAGAAGGACUGUGACUUAGGGACACCCACCUGUGGUGCAGGCCUUUUUAGGUGCAAGAAUGGCAAGUGUAUAAGCAGAGCGAAGGUGUGCAAUAAGCAAGACGAUUGCGGGGAUUCCACCGACGAGAGACAUUGUAACGUGAACGAGUGCGAGAUUCCAGGGACUUGCUCUCAUUACUGUAAUGACACACAGACCGGAUAUAGGUGUUCCUGUCGUCCUGGGUAUCUACUCAUGUCCGAUGGCCGGUCCUGUCAGGACGUGGACGAGUGCAAGAGCUAUGCUUUGAAUGGAUGUAAUCAAUUCUGCAUCAACCUCAAAGGCUCAUUCAAGUGUACAUGUGCCAAGGGUUAUCGCUUAGAACCUCGAAACCGCCGAAUCUGUAAGCCGGUAAACCCCCCGGUACUUGCAUAUCUAAUAGUGGCGGAGCAGGGUGGAAUCGUGUCGAUGGACACUAAUGGAUGGCAAAGAAAGCUAUUAGUGAACGGUUCAGAGGCGAUAGCUGUUGACUUUGAUGUGGUGGAGGGUCGGGUCUACUGGACGCAAGCCGGAAUAGCCCCACAGAUACGCCGAGCCUUCCUUAACGGCUCGCAUCCAGAAGUGGUUAUCCAGGCAGGGGUGGUGACACCAGAGGGUAUCGCCGUGGACUGGGUGGCCAGGAACUUGUAUUUCAGUGACCGUGUCCAGGACAAGAUCAUGGUAUCCACACUGACAGGCCGACAUAUGAAAACACUGCUCGAUAAUUUAGGUGAACCGCGGGCUCUUGUGGUCGACCCUUCACAAGGGUUCCUUUACUACACAGACUGGGGUCGUCAGCCACACAUCGGUCGGGUGGGCCUGGACGGGUCCUCGCCACAGCGCAUUGUUGAGUCAAAAUUAGCUUGGCCUAACGGACUUACUAUGUGUCGAAUCACACGCAAGCUCUUCUGGGUGGAUGCUAAGCGGGAUGUGGUCGAGUUCGCGAACCCGGACGGGACCGGACGCCAACAGCUGGCCCUGCUCCACGCGCCACACCCAUUUGGUGUUACGGUGUACGAGGAUGAGGUAUACUGGACCGACUGGCGUCAGCACAGCAUAUCACGUGCAAACAAGUGGACCGGACAGAACAGGGUGCAGCUACUAAACGCGUACUACAAGUUACACGGCAUACAGGUAGUCCAUCCGAGCCAACAGCCUAUACCCCAGUCAAACCCAUGCUUUAAGCACGUGUGUACGGGACUCUGCUUGUUGACACCACAGGGAAACCAUCGCUGCGCAUGCGCAGACAACAUGCACCUUGCGAACGACAGGCAGACAUGCCUUGAGAACUGCACCAAUAAUGACUUUAUGUGCGAUAACUACCGGUGUAUAUCACGUCUGUGGCGGUGCGAUGGCGAGGAUGACUGUGGGGACGGCAGUGAUGAACCUGAUUCUUGUCCUGUGCGCGUCUGCAAGCCGGGGACCUACCAGUGUGCUGAUAACCGCAAGUGCAUAUCUGUCCUUGAGGUAUGCGACGGUAUCCCAUCAUGCCCGGCGGGAGAUGACGAAUCUAACUGUGGCUCGGUCAACCAAUGCGCGCCUUACCACUUCCGCUGCGAUAACUUCCGCUGCGUGUACCGCAGCCGCGUGUGCGAUGGCAUCGACGACUGUCGUGAUGGCUCAGACGAGCGUAACUGUCACGUGACCACUUGCACCGCUGACCAGUUCAGGUGCCCAUCAGGCCGCUGUAUAUCACGUGAUUGGUUGUGUGACGGCGAUAACGACUGCGGCGACUCUAGCGAUGAGAAGGCAGGCGAGUGUCACGUGACGUGUCCCGCUGGACAGGCUCGCUGUGCGACGGGACGCCGAUGCAUUCCGAGUGAGUGGCGAUGUGACGGCGAGUCUGAUUGUGAGGACGGAUCUGAUGAGAAUUCUGCACAGUGUACUGCGAUGACGUGUUCCGCGGAGACGUUUCGGUGUUACUCGGAUAGGCGUUGUAUCCCCAAUCAAUGGAAAUGUGAUGGUGAGAGUGACUGCAACGAUGGAAGCGACGAAGAAGGCUGCCCGCCAAAGCAGUGCGCCAAGCAUCAGUAUAGAUGCGAUUCCGGUCGAUGCAUCAGCGCCAGCUGGGUCUGUGAUCACGUGAACGACUGUGGAGAUGGCUCCGACGAACAGCAGUGUAUAAACCGAACUUGCGCAGAUGGUCAAUUCCGCUGCGACGAUGGCCAUUGUAUUGCACGCGCGUGGAAAUGCGACGGCAUGAUGGACUGUGCCGAUGCAUCGGACGAGAAAGGUUCAGAAUGCCCUCCACUCUACCCAGGCCACCGGUGGUGUCCGCAGCGCUUGUAUCAGUGCAUCAAUCACGUGUGUGUCGAUCGCCGCUGGCUGUGCGAUGACAUGGAUGACUGUGGCGACUACAGCGACGAGCUCCGGUUACUCUGCAGGUACAGUAUAUGCCGUAAUAGUCACUUUCGCUGUGAUAACAACAAGUGCAUCCCAAAGUGGAAUGUGUGUGAUGGUGUAUACCAUUGCACUGACAAAUCAGACGAGGCCCCGUACAGGUCGUGUCCAGCACGUGUAGCGUGCCGCAAGGAUCAGUUCAAGUGCCUCAACAGGCGUUGCGUGCCUGUGAGAGCUGUCUGUGACUCAAACGACGACUGUGGCGACAUUUCAGACGAACUGCAAUGCCCAUCUACUAACCGCACAUGCGCUGUAAACAAUGGCGGGUGUUCUCAGAACUGCACGGAACGCGAUAGUCACGUGAUUUGCUCCUGCUGGCCUGGGUUCGAGCUUAAACCUUUCACCAACAAGUGCGAAGACGUCAACGAGUGCUUGCACUUUGGCGUUUGCAGUCAGCGGUGUAUUAACACUCGCGGGAGUUUCAAGUGCGUCUGCCAUGAGGGCUAUGUGUUAACAUCCGGUUCCUGCAAGGCUGCCGGCACGCUGCCCGACCUGCUUGUUCCUAUCGGUGGAGAAAUACGGCAGCUCCAGCUGACCAAUAGCACUGCUGGUGCUUAUGAGGCCGCUGUUCUUGACCAGGUGAACGUGGGCUCGCUGGCUUACCUACUGGCCGAAGAGCUGGUUUACUGGACUGACUCUCGUCAUGGCACCAUCAAGCGAGCCAGACUUCCUGGCACUUUACUUGCGUCCUCGUCAGAACGAGCUCGUCGUGACGCGCCAGGCCCAGCCCUAGUUCAAACCAUCGACUUCCCGGCCGUCAGCGUCCGCGCAAUCGCCAUAGACUGGGUCGCCAAGAAUAUCUACUUUAUUGACAGUACCGCGCACGCUAUCAUGGUGGCCACCGCUGAUGGCCGUUAUCGCCGUACUGUGGUCUCAAGUGGGCUUGAUCAACCUGCCGGUAUUGCUGUGGACCCGAUCUCGGGACGUAUUUUCUGGACUGAUGGAGGCUACAGCCCAAAGGUCAUGAGUAGUGCCCUUGAUGGCGCUGACCCCCGCUCCCUUGUCACCUCUGAGCUGAUAUCUCCAGCUGGCCUGGCCAUUGACCACACCUCGGAUGUAUUGUACUGGGCGGACACACGCACCGGACGGAUAGACGCUAUCGGACUUGACGGGAAUGGACGGCGGACUGUAUGGAGCGGCCUCAUGCAGCCGUACUCCUUGGCAGUACAGGGAGACUGGUUGUACGUCAGCGGAUUGCGUAAUGGGACUGUCUAUAGGAUGGAUAAACUUGGGCGUGGCUCUCCUCAUGUUCUGCUUCAGGGUGUUGGCCGUGCGAUGCCCCUGGCUAUUGUACAAUCUCAACUGCAAAGACUUCCAAAACGUGACAUCAAUCCUUGCACUAUUGCAAAUGGCAAGUGCUCGCAUCUGUGCCUUUCUGUUGGCGGACGUGCGAUAUGCGCAUGCCCAGAUGGUGACGACAAUUCCGUCCAACCCUGCACAUCAGCGACCACCUUCCCCAGACCUCCUCCCGCGUGUAGCCUGCAUGCAUGCGGGCCUGGGACUUGCUUGAUGAUCGCGGGCACGGCUAAGUGCGAGUGUCCAGAAGGGUUUACCGGGGCCACGUGUGAGUCUCGGGUCAUACCCUCCACGCCUUUUCCCUCCGGUACGCCUCCCAUCACUCCUGUAAAUCCAUGUGAAACCAUCUCAUGUGUUAACGACGGCGUGUGCGAGCUCAGAAAUGGGAAACCGCGGUGCAGAUGCGUACAGGGUACGUCUGGCGUCAGCUGUGAGAUCACAUGUUCCACUCUACAUUGCAGCUACUAUGGUGGCGAAUGUUUAAUAAGAGACAGCGACAUCACUUGUGUGUGUCCGUCAGGUUACACAUACACGUCAGGCCCCGGAUGCUCACGUGACCCUUGCUUGAAAUAUUCUGGGUGUUCGCCGGACGGCAGAUGCUUGGUGAACAGCACCACUAACCGCCCGUACUGCCUUUGUAGCGAUAACCGAAUCGCAGACGUCUGCUCGGGUCAACCUGACGUCCUCGGCCACACAGGCUCUGAUGGAGCCGUAGCCGAGAUUGCCGUUCCAGUGGUGAUGGCGGGACUUGUGCUUCUCUCGUGUGCCAUAUUAUUGUACUGCAGGCGGCGAGGCCCCAUGCAGCCAAAGCAUUACUGCGGCAUGAGCGUCCAAGUGGGCAACCCGUCCUUUAUGUACGAGGAAAUGCACGAGGAUAACGAAUCCGUCUUCAACGCACACGUGACCUCCUGGAACGACUCUGAUAAGACGAACAAUUUCAGUAACCCAGUGUACGACACGUUGGUCCACCCAAGCACCACCUCCUCCACAACCGCGCUGCUCUCAGACAUGGAGAGUAAUAGCGACUUUGCCUGGACCAACGUAGACUUCUCCAACCCGGUAUACGAGGCGAUGUACUCCAACAAGCGGCCUCGCACCGACUCUCUCUUCCGGUCAAGCAGUCAUGAGUCGUAUGCUUGAUGAUAGAAGGUCCUUGGUAGGGUAUGGACGCAAAGACACGUACCUAGCUACCCUCUCUAAGUAGAUGGAAGAUCUUCAUUAAGGCUUACUCGGAAGUCGCUGGAUGGUAAAUACUCAUGGGUUGGGUAUGGACGCAUACCUGGGUAAGGUAAACGUUACUGGUAUCUUCUCUAAGUAGAUGGAACAGCUCCAUAAAGACUGACUCGAAAGCAGUCGCAAGAGUAACAAGUAAUCUAAAGGUCGCUAGCAGUCGUACGGGUCUUCCCGUCAGUGUUCCACUCUUGAAAGGCCUAGACAUUAACCGACGUGAUUUAUAACCUUGGCGGACAAGUGGCUGGAUGCUUCUUCUGCUGGCAUGCAGUCAAGUUAUAGUCAAGUUAAGACUUCAUAAUCAAUUAUAAUAGAUAACAUGGAAACUCACAAUAACCAGUAAUGUCCUUGCUCGUGUCCACGUUAUACAUUGUCGACUGCAGAAGAUGUAAGGCCCCGUAAGGCCCCGAUCUAUCACAUCGCGAUGGGUAUUGUCCAAUCUUUAAAAAAAUGAUCUUUAGGUUUUUCAAAUUUUAGGAAAAGGACAAAGUAUAUUAUUGUAGUACGAGAGGACUUCUCGGGGAUUUCAUUUUAGGUUUUUUAUUAGGCAGCAGCAGAUUUAGUUCUGACAAAACUACCGUUAUUACUUUCUUACGUGUAAAAUAUAUUUAUUAGUAACUGUUUUAAUUUGACUGAACACGAUACGGCUCGCCUCCUGAGAGCUGCAUAAAAGCAGGGCUAAACGUGAUUCGCCGUUUUAGCCUCGACCUAGUGUGGCUCGCGCCUGCCCGCGUCACGUGACCGGGCACGUGAUACGCUGCGGUGUGCAUGUUAAACACGAGGUUCCGCUAUAAAAGGGAAAGCUCCUCCCACCCCCGGGUUCAAAUUUGCCAUUAUAAUCAGAACACUGCCACUCUAGCGGUCACAAAUUAUAAGUCCCCUGUAAAAUAUUGUUUAUCUCUUAGCCUAAGUCGUCUUGAAUAAAACUAUUUUUGCACAGGUAACAAAACAGCUGUGUUAAGAGGUUGAUGAAUUAGUUAUUUGCUGUCCACUAACGUUUUCGGUGAAAAUUUUUAUAUUUUGCGCUAUCCAUAAUCUAGCGCACCUGCAUAAAUAAUUCUCGCGCUCUGGUGAAAAUGCUCGUACUUUAGAGCCCACACAGCUUGGUAUAGCAUUAUUUUACGAUAGAUAAAAACAUUUUUAGAUAGACAACUCUAGGAAUGAUAUUUAUUUUGGUUAAGAAUAUGAAAUUCGAAUUUAGCGCUCAGAGCAAUUGUCCUGGCAUGUUGACUCAUUGACGGCUGAUUGAUAAAUGAUUGUUCUUGAGCCCGGGGGUGGGAGGAGCUUUCCCUUUUAUAGCGGAACCUCGUGUUUAAGAACACGUAACCGGACACGUGGGGGCAACUUUAUAACCUUAGAUGACCAUGUUAAUUGUUGAAACUUCAUGUUUAUUAAUCUAUGGAAGAUUCGUAUUCGAGUCAAUAUUUAUGAUUUUCAUUUGUUGAUGUAACAUAUAUUUAGACAUUAAUUUAUCAGGAAAUGUUUGAUGACAACGAGAAUUCUUGUCUGAUGGAUAAAAUCUCGUUUACAUACUAAAUCUCGUUUAGUCCUUCUAGUCUCAACAUUUAUAUCUUUCAAAGAUAGUACUACUUUAUCAUAUAAAGGGCUGGGUUGGGUACAUUAGUAUUCUAAUUAUCGUGUUUAUAAAAAGCAGUAAUUGUCUGCUCCCUGUAUUUAUAAAGAGAAAUAUUAAAGUAUUGUAUAUUAUA